AUGUCCAUAAGCUGGAAUAACAAGUGGCGCUGGCACACGGGAAUUAGUGCUGAUUCAGUGGAAUGGUGUCCAGUAGAACCUCACCGUAACGUACUCGUCUGCGGUACUUACCAACUUGAUAACGAUGCACAACAAAGUGAAGAUGCGAAGAAGCAAUCAAGACUAGGGAAAAUAUAUCUUUUUAUUAUCGAUCAAAAUACUACAGAUUUGUUCCCAGUCCAAACAUUAAACAUAGCAGGUGUUUUGGAUCAAAAAUGGUGUUAUCAUAACAUACAAAAUAACCCUGUGUUAGCAGUGGCGACAUCUGAAGGAUGUGUAGAGUUAUAUCGUUUGCAGAGUGAAGGGGAUUUACUUCUGAAAUUGUGGGUUAAAGAAGAAAUAGGGAAAGAUAUAUUAGCUUUGUCUCUCGACUGGUCAACAAAUAAAACGCCUUGUGAAGAGCCAAAAUUAGUAGUUAGUGAUUCAUCAGGGUGUGUGACCCUUUUAACUGUGACCGAUGAUGGUUUAAAGAAGGUUAACACGUGGAAGUCCCAUGGCUUUGAAUCGUGGAUAGCUGCUUUUGAUUAUUGGAACACAGAUGUGUUUUAUAGCGGUGGUGACGAUUGUAUUUUCAAAAGCUAUGAUGUGAGGGUAGCCGAUGGAGCAGUGUGUAUGAACAAACGUCAUGAGGCUGGCGUCACCGCGAUAAGGAGUCACGUCCACUGCGAACAUCAGCUGUUGACUGGCAGUUAUGAUGAGAAAGCGCGUCUAUGGGAUGCACGAAGCCUGAAAAGCUGCAUUACAGAAACGGACUUAGGUGGCGGAGUAUGGCGGCUCAAGUGGCACCCUUACCACCCAGACACGGUGUUGGCAGCAUGCAUGUACGGUGGCUUCCGUAUAUUGCGAGUAAAUCCACAACAGAUUGAUAUAAUUUCUGAAUAUUUAGAGCACGAGAGCAUCGCAUACGGCGCAGACUGGACACAUAAUCUUCCAUCUUUAGUAGCGACUUGCUCCUUUUACGAUUGUAAAAUGCAUAUCAGUGAGAUAGUUUUGUAA